AGCCACCUUGCCUUUCAAAGUGCUGGGAUUACAGAUGUGAGCCACAGCGCCCAGCCCUGGAUUUUUUUUUUAAAUGAACUUCAACCAAGGAGAGAUCACAUCAGAUUGACUACAGAAGUACGUUUGAGAAUCCAGUUGUCUUCUAUGAAGUUAAAUACGUAAAAAUUAAGAUAUGUUGAAUAUGUGAAAAUUAACAGAGCCAUUCUUCCCACUAAAUUUUGUCUUGUUUUUGAGAAGUUAUUUUAUUAAAAUGUUAGUAUGUUAACAUGUAAUGGCUUUAUUAUUGUUUAAAUGAUUCUGAAUGAAUAUUUUGAAGUUUUCCGUUUUAAUCCUGAUGUGGUAACUUGUAUAAACAAAGCCCCUGUGAGAUAUUCAGGAAUUUUUAAGAAUGUGGAGAAUCCCAAGUGUCAUUUUUUUUCUAACUAUUGUCCAUGUUAACACUUUGUUUUGGCUAAAAUGAUAAUUAUAAACUAUAAUAUGAUUUAUUAAUCCAUUUAUUAAUACAGUUACAUGUGAGUUGGCAUAAAUUUUGUAUUAUUAAAAAGGUGAAAUUUUUCAAAUAGAAACACCUUUGGAUUUUUUCUGAAACGAAUUAAAGGUCUAGAUUUAACUGAGCAUAGUUUUGAAAGUAUCUUCUCUAUGGUAUAGAUACUCUCACACAUCUAUCCACAUGUAUUCUUAGAGUAUGCACUCUUUGUACUAACAUUGCAGAAAGGUUUUAGUUGAAAAUGGAUUGCUGCAUUCCUCUUGGUAUUUUUACUUAAAACUAAAUGUGUAUAUUACUUUCCAAAUCUGUUAUGCUGUGACCCUGUGUAGGUUGUAGUUAUUAGCUUUGAAGAUUAGGUAACUUAGAACACAGUGAUUGGCUGCGCCAUAAAAGUAACUUAGAAGAGUUCAUCUCUGCAGAGCACAGUGACCUAAAUCAGAUAUGUGCUCACUGUCCCUGGAAUCUUCAAGGGACUUACUGCAUUACAUCAUCAAAAACAAGGCAUUUCUGUAUUACUAUGGAAAGAUUUCGCCUGGAGAAGAAGUUACCUGGUCCUGAUGAAGAAGCUGUUGUGGAUCUUGGCAAAACUAGCUCAACUGUGAACACCAAGUUUGAAAAAGAAGAACUAGAAAGUCAUAGAGCUGUAUAUAUUGGUGUUCACGUCCCGUUUAGUAAAGAGAGUCGUCGGCGUCAUAGGCAUCGUGGACACAAACAUCACCACCGGAGAAGAAAAGAUAAAGAAUCAGAUAAAGAAGAUGGACGGGAAUCUCCUUCUUAUGAUACACCAUCCCAGAGAGUUCAGUUUAUCCUUGGUACUGAAGAUGAUGAUGAAGAACAUAUUCCCCAUGAUCUCUUCACGGAAAUGGAUGAACUGUGUUACCGAGAUGGAGAGGAAUAUGAAUGGAAAGAAACUGCCAGAUGGCUGAAAUUUGAAGAGGAUGUUGAAGAUGGCGGUGACCGAUGGAGUAAACCUUAUGUGGCAACACUCUCUUUGCACAGUCUUUUUGAACUAAGGAGUUGCAUCCUCAAUGGAACAGUCAUGCUGGAUAUGAGAGCAAGCACCCUAGAUGAAAUAGCAGAUAUGGUAUUAGACAACAUGAUAGCCUCUGGCCAAUUGGACGAGUCCAUACGAGAGAAUGUCAGAGAAGCUCUUCUGAAGAGACAUCAUCAUCAGAAUGAGAAAAGAUUCACCAGUCGGAUUCCCCUUGUUCGAUCUUUUGCAGAUAUAGGCAAGAAACAUUCUGACCCUCACUUGCUUGAAAGGAAUGGGGAAGGCCUUUCAGCCUCCCGCCACUCUUUGCGAACAGGUCUGUCUGCCUCAAACCUUUCACUGAGAGGAGAAUCGCCUUUAUCUCUUCUUCUCGGUCAUCUUCUUCCUUCUUCAAGAGCUGGAACCCCUGCAGGCUCAAGGUGUACAACCCCAGUACCCACCCCUCAAAACAGUCCUCCUUCUAGCCCUAGCAUCAGCCGCCUGACCUCCAGAAGUUCCCAACACAGUCAGCUUCAGGCCCCAGAACUACUGGUUUCACCUGCCAGUGAUGAUAUUCCCACAGUAGUAAUCCAUCCGCCUGAGGAAGACUUAGAAGCGCUGAAAGGCCAGGAACAGAAGAAUGAGGAAAAUGUUGACUUAACUCCAGGUAUUUUGGCCUCUCCCCAGUCUGCCCCUGGAAACUUGGACAAUAGUAAAAGUGGAGAAAUUAAAGGUAAUGGAAGUGGUGGAAGCAGAGAAAAUAGCACUGUUGACUUCAGCAAGGAGUCUGCCUCCUGGCACUGUAGUUGUGGCACACUGGGUGUGGGACUCAAGAGGCCCGCUGUUGACAUGAAUUUUAUGAGAAAAAUUCCUUCGGGUGCUGAGGCAUCCAACGUCCUGGUGGGCGAAGUAGACUUUUUGGAAAGGCCUAUAAUUGCAUUUGUGAGACUGGCUCCUGCUGUCCUCCUCACAGGAUUGACUGAGGUCCCUGUUCCAACCAGGUUUUUGUUUCUGUUAUUGGGUCCAGCAGGCAAGGCGCCACAGUACCAUGAAAUUGGAAGAUCGAUAGCCACUCUCAUGACAGACGAGAUUUUUCAUGAUGUGGCUUAUAAAGCAAAAGACAGAAAUGACCUCUUAUCUGGAAUUGAUGAAUUUUUAGAUCAAGUAACUGUCCUACCUCCAGGAGAGUGGGAUCCUUCUAUACGCAUAGAGCCACCAAAAAGUGUCCCUUCUCAGGAAAAGAGAAAGAUUCCUGUGUUUCACAAUGGAUCUGCCCCCACAUCGGGUGAGACUCCUAAAGAGGCCGCUCAUCAUGCUGGGCCUGAGCUACAGAGGACUGGACGGCUUUUUGGUGGUUUGAUACUUGACAUCAAAAGGAAAGCACCUUUUUUCUUGAGUGACUUCAAGGAUGCAUUAAGCCUGCAGUGCCUGGCCUCGAUUCUUUUCCUAUACUGUGCCUGUAUGUCUCCUGUAAUCACUUUUGGAGGGCUGCUUGGAGAAGCUACAGAAGGCAGAAUAAGUGCAAUAGAGUCUCUUUUUGGAGCAUCAUUAACUGGGAUUGCCUAUUCAUUGUUUGCUGGGCAACCUCUAACAAUAUUGGGGAGCACAGGUCCAGUUCUAGUGUUUGAAAAAAUUUUAUAUAAAUUCUGCAGAGAUUAUCAGCUUUCCUAUCUGUCUUUAAGAACCAGUAUUGGUCUGUGGACUUCUUUUCUGUGCAUUGUUUUGGUUGCAACAGAUGCAAGCAGCCUUGUGUGUUAUAUUACUCGAUUUACAGAAGAGGCUUUUGCAGCUCUUAUUUGCAUUAUAUUCAUCUACGAGGCUUUGGAGAAGCUCUUUGAUUUAGGAGAAACGUAUGCAUUUAAUAUGCACAACAACUUAGAUGAACUGACCAGCUACUCAUGUGUAUGUACUGAACCUCCUAACCCCAGCAACGAAACUCUAGCGCAAUGGAAGAAAGAGAAUAUAACAGCACAUAAUAUUCCCUGGAGAAAUCUCACUGUUUCUGAAUGUAAAAAAUUUCAUGGUGUAUUCAUAGGAUCAGCUUGUGGUCAUCAUGGACCUUAUAUUCCAGAUGUGCUCUUUUGGUGUGUCAUCUUGUUUUUCACAACAUUUUUUCUGUCUUCAUUCCUCAAGCAAUUUAAGACCAAGCGUUACUUUCCUACCAAGGUGCGAUCGACAAUCAGUGAUUUUGCUGUAUUUCUCACAAUAGUAAUAAUGGUUAUAAUUGACUACCUUGUAGGAGUUCCAUCUCCUAAACUUCAUGUUCCUGAAAAAUUUGAGCCUACUCAUCCAGACAGAGGGUGGAUCAUAAACCCACUGGGAGAUAAUCCUUGGUGGACCUUAUUAAUAGCUGCUAUUCCUGCUCUGCUUUGUACUAUUCUCAUCUUUAUGGAUCAACAAAUCACAGCUGUAAUUAUAAACAGAAAGGAGCACAAAUUAAAGAAAGGAGCUGGCUAUCACCUUGAUUUGCUCAUGGUUGGUGUUAUGUUGGGAGUUUGCUCUGUCAUGGGACUUCCAUGGUUUGUGGCUGCAACAGUGUUGUCAAUAAGUCAUGUCAACAGCCUAAAAGUCGAGUCUGAAUGUUCUGCUCCAGGGGAACAACCCAAGUUUUUGGGAAUUCGUGAACAGCGAGUUACAGGAUUAGUGAUUUUUAUUCUAAUGGGCCUCUCCGUGUUCAUGACUUCAGUCCUAAAGUUUAUUCCAAUGCCUGUUCUGUAUGGUGUUUUCCUUUAUAUGGGAGUUUCCUCAUUAAAAGGAAUCCAGUUUUUUGACCGUAUAAAAUUAUUUGGAAUGCCUGCUAAGCAUCAGCCUGAUUUGAUAUACCUCCGUUAUGUGCCUCUCUGGAAGGUCCAUAUUUUCACAGUCAUUCAGCUUACUUGUUUGGUCCUUUUAUGGGUGAUAAAAGUUUCAGCUGCUGCAGUGGUUUUUCCCAUGAUGGUUCUUGCGUUAGUGUUUGUACGCAAGCUCAUGGACCUGUGUUUCACGAAGAGAGAACUCAGUUGGCUUGAUGAUCUCAUGCCAGAAAGUAAGAAAAAGAAAGAGGAUGACAAAAAGAAAAAAGAGAAAGAGGAAGCUGAGCGGAUGCUUCAAGAUGAUGAUGAUACUGUGCACCUUCCAUUUGAAGGGGGAAGUCUCUUGCAAAUUCCAGUCAAAGCCCUAAAAUAUAGUGUUGAUCCCUCAGUUGUUAAUAUAUCAGAUGAAAUGGCCAAAACUGCACAGUGGAAGGCACUUUCCAUGAAUACUGAGAAUGCCAAAGUAACCAGAUCUAACAUGAGUCCUGAUAAACCUGUGAGUGUGAAAAUAAGUUUUGAAGAUGAACCAAGAAAGAAAUACGUGGAUGCUGAAACUUCAUUAUAGAAUUGAACCAAGAGGCAUUAUACAUAUAGAUAUAUACUUAUGUAAUGUGUGUUUAUCAUGUCACUAUAUAAAACAAUAUUGUAUGUCAUGCUGUUUAUGCAUGACUACUGGGUUUUUAAAAGUAGUGUCUGGAGUUUGUUAUGAGCACCGUGGAGACUAUGUAUAUAAUGAAUUGCUGUCUUUGAAGUGAGGUACACCGUUCUUAACUAUUCAAAUAUUUAUUCUGUUGGAAAAAAAAUUUUCUGUUUUGCAAUAGAAGGAUGUGGAGAAAUGCUUACAGUCUGCUUUUCUUAAACCUCUUGUUCAUCAAUGGCAAUUCAUAACAAACCUUAAGUGAUACUUUGUUUAUAUGUUUAUAAUUUUUAUGUGUUUCUAGAAAUUUUCAGAUAUUAUUUCACUUUUGUUCUUUAUGGGAAGAAUAGGGAGUCUAUACCAGUGCUAUGGGAAAAGUGGUAACAUUUCAGGGCUUCUCUGUGUGUUUCAUUUCCAUAGAUGUCAUCAUGUUUCACUAACUGGCAUUUUCUUAGCCAUAGAGAUGAAUGUAGAACAAUGGAAACUUUAAUAAUGAUAGUUUUUAACUUUUAUGUUUAAUUUUUUUAAAUCUUAAAACCUUCAUAUCUAGGUAUCCAUUGUGACAGACAAGUAAAAUUGUAGGUGAUUUGAUAAUUAAGCACCCGUACCAUUUGUAACUUCAUGAAUUUAAAAAGUUAUGCAAUGCCAAUUUGCAGUAGAUUUUGAUGCCUUUGUAGAUUUUUUUUUUUUUCCUGUAUCCCUAUACUCUUUUAAAGCCUGUAAUUCCCACUGUGUUCUCUGCCUUGUCUCUCUUUGUCUUAAAAUGGUUAGUUUCCAUCAGGUUCAAGUUCUUGAUUGACUGAUUUUCUCUUUUAAGUAGUAUGCUUAAAUAAUCAGGAGUCAGAAUUCUCUCAGAUGGGUCUAUGAUCAGUAUUACUUUAUUAAGAAUUACCUUUCAUUUUCUCUUUAUGUUGUUAUUUUUUCACUUUUGUAGAUUAUAUUUAAUAGCUUAUUACCUGUGAUUUUAUUUUAAAAUAUUUAUUUUAAGUGAUGAUGCUUAAAUAUUAUACAAACAUUUGGAAAAGUAACAAAUAGAGUAAAUUGUUAAUGUAAAUAGUUGGUGCUCACUUGCAUUUAUCUUUAUUAUAGCAACUGAUAGAUUUUACAUCUUUGAUAUAAAGCACUGCCAUAUUUAUAUUUUAAAAAGGAAAUUAGGCAUAAUUUUAUAUGUAGCUCAGAUUGAUGGCAUUCUUAUUUUAUGUAUUUGUUUUUGCUUUUCUGAGCUUUUUAAAGUCUAACAAAUCUUUUUAGUCAUCUUUUAUAUACUCUUAGCUCCACGUGAAAUAGAAAAAAGUUGUUAAGCCUGUAGGACUGGAUGAAUGGGGUUGUGAAACUGAUUUGACAAGAGAAGAAUUUACAGAAAUCAAAUGAGUAUUGAGAAGCCACAGAAAUAUCAAAAAUGGUGACAUGAAUAUUAGGGCGAAAAUUUUAAUGAAAUGCCAAUGCUCCCUUUAACCAUAUAAUUAAAUUACAAAAGUCUAAUAAAGGAUCAUGAGGAAUGCCAAAAGCUGAUAUUUUAGCAAGUCUGGUGUUUGAAAUUCAUUAUAAACUAUUUAUUAACUAAUGUAAUGUCCUCUUCCAAGACCAUGUUGUGAGAAUCUAGUUAAAAUGAUGGAUUCAACUUCUGCCUCAGAUGAGAGGUUGGAAAUAUAGCUGCUUUUCUUUAGAAAAUAUAUAGCUGUCAUCAUUUGGUACUGCCUAAAAAGAGUUAGACUCUGUUGGCAAUUGAUAGAAUAUUAUCCACGGUGCUUAUUAUUGUUUAUGAGCUUCCAUUGUAAUGAUUCCUUUUUAUUCGUAGCAGCAUAAUUAUUUCCAAAGACCCCAGUAUUUGCUGCUAUUUUUAAAACUCCCCUGAUAUAUCUGAACGAGAGGAUUUCCUCACGUCAUUUCCUUGUGUCUGGACAUCAGGGGUAACAACUGUACUUAUUUUACAGGAAGAAAUUUUAAAAAUGAAAACUACCUGGGAUCAUAGUGUUUCUGUGAUUUUAUUUAAUUAUGUAUAGUAAUUAUCCAGUGCCAGAAAACCCGUCACUUGCAAAAUAUUUUGCACUCAAAAUGUUUUUACAGUGCUUCUAAUUGUUAGUGGUUUCUGCUUUCUUUUGACUACUUGACUUACAAAAUGAUCUGACUACUCCAUGUAAGAGCAAAGGUAACUCAUGUUUAAGUAAUUAACUGCUUGUUUUAAGUGAUUAUGAUAUUUCUUCCACCGUUUUUGAAAAAUAACAAUCAUAGCAUUCAUCGCGAGACAGUGAGAUAUAAUUUACUACAUAUAUUGAUUUUUAAAUAAAGUUGCCUUAAAUAACUGUAUAUAAGCAGUAGUAGUUGCUAUGUACUGAUUUACCUCAAGGUGCAAAAUAAUUAAACCUGUACAUAUUCCAUUUAUGAAAUGAAUUCAGAUAACAGCCCUGCACUUUCUUUAGAUGCCUUGAUUUCCAGGAUGGAGCUUAGUGCUACUGAAUACCCUGGCCACCGAGCCACCUCAGGAUAUUCUUUUCUUCGCCCUAGUUUAUUUAUUUAUAGAUAUCUGUUUACAAAGUCUGUAGUAAAUCCUGAUGCUGAUCAUCUGAAAUUUACUUUUUUUCCUGAAUGCUGUUUCAAUCUAAAAUAGCAGCUUUUGAGAAAACAAUGAACUAAAUUCCUUAUGAUAAAAGGAUAAGUCUAUAUAUUCUUUAAUAAUAUUACAUAUGCCGAAGCGAAGCACACAGUCUUUGUGUGCGUGUGUGUGUGUGUGUGUUUAUGUGAAUGUGAAUGAUAUCGAUCUUAAAUCUGUUAAAAGUUGUUUUAAAAAGCUGUGGCAUACCAUUGUUCAUAUUUGCCAAGUCUUUUGUAAAGAUGUUUAAGACAAAAUAUUUUAUGUGCUAAUGCAUCUAUUUGUAAAGCAGAUUUGUUUAUCACUCAAAAUUAACUUUUCUUCAUCCAAAAAAAGUUUAUUUCUUCCACAUACUUAAAUUAAAUUUUCUGUGUGAGUAUAAUAGCUUUCUAAUUUUUUUUCUUUCACAAAAGCAGGUUCAAAAUUCUGUUGAAAGAAAAAUGCUUUCUCAAACUGAGGUAUAACACCAGAGCUUGCUGUUUAAAGGAUUAUGUGAUGUACAUCAGUUCUGUAAAUGUGCUCAGCAGUUUAACAUGUGAAUCCUGUUUUAAAGUGCUCAGAUUUCAAAUGUGUAAGCCAUUGAUAAAACAUUGUAAUUAAAAGUGUUUAUAUGAAAUAACUUAAUGUUUUAAAUGUAUUUAUGUAGAUCACAUCAUUUUUAUCAUAUGCAAUGCAAAUAUGUGAAAAUAUUUUGGUUUAUUCCAACAAUUAUUUAUUUUAGAAAAUAAAUUUAAAGACUUUAAGGACAUUCAAAGUUUAAAAUAGUGUUCAAAUUGCAAAAUUUGGCAAUCUUAAUAUAAAUUGAUCUCUUUUCUAGUUUUUCAAAAAGUAACAUUAAGUGUUGAUUAUAGGAAAACAUAGUUGGGAAUAUAAUAAUCCAAAGAUCAUUUUUAAAAUGAAAUUUAAUUAGCAUAUAUUGACUUCAACAUUUGACUUAGAGUAAUUGUUAAACCUCAGUUUUGUUUUGUUUUUUAAAUCAGAUUUUUGCACACUGAUUAAUUUUUGUGUUAUGGCUUUUCUUUUGUUGAAUUAUUCAAGGUUUUUUUUUUUUUUUUUUCUUUUCCCGUGGGGGAGAUUGUCUUCCAGUGUUUACUGUGUUUAAAUAAAUAAAAAUUGAAUUUUAUUGUUCAUUUAUAUAAAAUUUGAUACCUUGAUGUAAUUUCACAGUACAGUUCCACUUUUUAUGGCUUUUAUAAUUACAAUGAUAUUUUCUUCUAUAAUAAAAUCCAAAGUAAAUUAAACGUUUAAAUUGUAGAACUGAUAUUUUUCAUUUAUAUGAAGUACAAGCCUCUACCAGGUCUAUAAUGUGAAUGAUCCUGCCUUUCAAAUUUGUUUCAUAAUUGUUAGAUGAAAACUAUUUUCUUUUUGGAGAUGUUACUGAAGUUGAUUGAGCAAUAAAAAUCUACUGAAUUA